CUGACACGUGCCGGAGCAAACCAUCUCAAAUGGAAAAUAAAUAGUCCUCAUUUAUAUAUUUAUUAAAUCAUCAAAUAACUUUCUUUAUUGCUGUUUUGAUAUUUCACAACUCAUAAUUCGGUUUACGUCAUUAUAUUGACAAUAUCUAAAUUGACUCAAAUGUAACUCACCUCUGCAAAGUCUAGUUUGGGAAAUUACGCUAUUUUUAACCCGGAAGAGAGACGAAUGCAGUUCGAUUGAAGAGACGUUAUCAUUCUUUAACAGAAGGCCAGAUGAACAACCUGAAUGACCCCCAGGAAUGGAACAUCAGGCCAGAGCAGAGGGGGGGUGGUGGUGGCAGCGAUGGGAACAAGUGGAACUAUGCCCUACUGGUGCCCAUGAUCGGUCUCGCUGCCUUUCGGUGGAUAUGGUCCAGAGAGUCACAGAGGGAAGUGUUGGAGGUGAAAGAAAAGUUUGACAAGAGCAUGCAGGCCAUCUGUGAUGACAUGGAGCUGAAGUACAAGGACACGCUGAGAGAGAACCGACGGGAGACGGUCCACCUGGAGCUGGAACUGGAGAAGGAGAAGAACCGCGUGCAGGGCUACCGCCAGGCCAUAGCCUCCCAGGGCCAACAGCUGAUGGAGGAACGCAGGAGGCUUAGCCAGGAGCGGGAGGCCCUGACUGACGAGAAGAGCCGACUGCUGCAGGCUGGCGGAGCUGGGGUCCUCCUCCACACGGCUCUGGAGAGGGAGAGUGAGUGGCACCGGGGAGCCAUAGCUGCUCUGAGGGAGGUGGAGGAGGGUCUGGCGGAGAGGCAGGGGGCCUUCUGCAGCAUCCUGGUGCCCCGGGAGAAGAGGCUGGAAAUGGAGAAGGACUUGCUGGUCAGAGCUGGCAGAGAACGGGCUCUCGCCCAGCUGGAUAUGGAGGCCGGCCUCAAGGACAUCUUUAAAAAUGACCGCAACUGUGCACAGUACCUGAACACUGACAAGCGCAAGAACGGUAGUCUGAUGUGGAUCUACCUCAGAUACUGGCAGCUGCAGGUCACACUACAGAAACACAGGAGAGCAGAGGCCACGUUGUUGGGAACACAGUCUAGCAAUCUAUGAUGUCGCUGGGAUUAUGAACCAAAGUGAUAUUUAUUGAUGUGUAAUAUGUCCUAUGAGGAAGGACAAGCAUUUAAAAUGAGUACAGAAAAUUAUUGUUGAUAAUCUAAAAAUGUGUAUCUGAAAGAGAAAGUAAAAAUAAAAACUGUAAACAAUAUGGUUAACCCUGUAAAGCACUUAUUGAACCUAAAAUGUUAUUUGCAAGACCAAUAUCCUAAUCAUAGAAUCCUAUAGUUUUAUUUUUUAUUAAACUAAAUGUUUCCAUCAUACAGUACAUCUCAUCUCAAACCUGUGUUUGUGGGGUAUGCAAAUAAAGUACCGCACUUGCACCGUG